AGUGUUUCAUAGUGUAUGAAAGCAGACUGCAGUGAUCGUUUCAGGUGUAAAGGUGGUCGAGUUGAGUGGAGCAUAAACAGGGCCCUUGUACCGUUUGUGAAAGGAUCACAAGAGGCAGCACACGUCGACAACGGAUUAGCAGCGUCACGGGAAUCUGAAAUGAAGCUAAUUAUAUUGGUACUGCUUGCUUCUUGUAACGCCGAAAAUUAUUGGGAAACAUUCUUCGAACGCCGACCGGAUCUCUCCCAGUAUCAAGAUGCCACAAAGUCCAUGGCGGUAUCGUCGAAACGUUUUCUGGUGUAUCGUACAUAUCAAUUAGACAAGGCUUUUGGAGCAGCAUUCCCCUGCGUCAGCAUUCAGCAAACAAAUCAGACGUGUAAUAACACGCGAGACUAUCCGGUAAUGGAAGCCUAUACGGUAAUGGAGUUCUACAACACAACUUCUAGAAGAUGGGUCAACUAUACUGUGCCAGCAAGGACGCUUCUAACGGACAACUAUACCGUUCCUAAUGUGAUUCAAGCAGGUUCCGGCAACAGGACCGCAGAUUCUCCAAUAAUGUUCUCUGAUUACGGGAAAUGUGACGUUGUUAGAGCUCCCCACACAGGGAAUGAUUCCGACUGCGAACUUUGGGUGGCAGAAGAGCACGUUGACAGUUACCCCUCCUGCUGCGAUUUCAUUUAUGAUCUCCUCUGUGCUCCAUUCAAAUUCCAGAUAUACUACGACAACUGCACCACAGAAGCUCGCCGCAAAACAGUUCAGUAGAUAUGGAGUCAUUACAUGGAUUUUCAGUUACCUUUUCGACGUUUUCUUUUGUUUCACUUUUUUGUUUCAUUGUUCUGCGUGAUUCACGUGUGUGGCCUGACCCGCAGACGAAUAAACGUUGGUAAACAUGUGC